AUGGCACACGAAGAACAUGCGAUGUUGCUCAAGCUGCCAACUUUCUGGACUUCCCAGUCGGAGGUUUGGUUUGUACAAGCCGAAGCUCAGUUUGAACUCCACAGGGUGACAGCCGACGAGAUGAAGUAUUUCUACGUCCUUGCGGCCUUAGACCAGGAGACAGCAACGAGGGUUCUAGAUCUCAUUCGCCGCCCUCCAAAUGAGGACAAAUACAAAGCACUAAAGGACCGACUAAUUGACACAUUCGGCUUAAGCAAACACGAGAGGGCUUCUCGUUUGCUCCACUUUCGCCUACUAGGCGACUCAAAACCCUCUGCGCUGAUGGACGAGAUGCUAGCGCUCCUCGGCGACCACACUCCGUGUCUACUCUUUGAGCAACUUUUUCUAGAGCGUCUGCCCGAGGACAUUCGCAUCCAGCUGGUGGAUGGAAAGAUUGAAGACCACCGCGCACUAGCAAGACGGGUCGACGCUCUCUGGUCAAGCCGCGAUAUGGAGCCAUUUACAGCGAGCGCCGUACAGCGUAGACCACUUGCCACGAGACAAAAGCAGACAACGUCAGGGACAAGACAGAAGCAGACAACGUCCGGGACUUCUGGUUUCGACACCCCGGAUUCUAACCGUUUGUGUUAUUACCAUCGCAUCUUCGGCGAGGCAGCUCGACAAUGCAAGCAACCAUGCAACUGGUCGGGAAACGACAAGGUCGGUCGCUAG